AUGUCUGAGUUUUUGACUUCAAGUGGAUCUAAUUCUUCAAACAACAAUGGUUCCUCAUCGCAGUCAUCCUAUAGGUCUACUAAUCCACCUCCUACACCCCCACCACCUCCACCCCCACUGCCUCCACCCCCACCGCCUCCUUCUGCACCUUCUCCUCCAAUAUUACCUCUUCCAUCUCUAGAAGCUGAAGCACAAUCUGCUACCUUUAUUACUAGAGGUCACAAUAAAGGUAUCCCAGAGUGGAAUACUGGAGUUAAAAUCAAGAUUAUGUUUGAUUCUAACUUCCAACCUAUUGGAGAAAGAGCUACACAGCUAAAGUCACAAUUGGGGCAAAUUGUACGCGAUGGCCAGAGGAUUCCACUAACAUUACUUGACUGGAAGGCUGUUGGACCUGAUGUGAAAGAGGGAAUAUGGAAAGAGGUUCAGCAAAAUCUGCUUGAUGUUCCAGAAGGAUAUAAACAUGUGUGUCUUAGAUGUUGCAAUACACUGUGGAAGGAUCACAAGAGCAAAACCAAAGUCAACUACUUUCAGAAAAACAGAGAUAAUCCAAAUCUAAGUUCUCUAGUUCCGCCACAUAUUGUAGCAGAGCAGUGGAAUGAGCUCAUUGCUUAUUGGAAUAGUGAAGAUGCAAAGCUGAUAGCAACACGAAAUUCUAUCAAUCGGGAGCAGCAUGGACCAGUUCAUAGUACUGGUCGAAAACAUUUCGCCCAGCUGCGAUAUGAGAUGGAACAAAGUGGAGAACAAACCGAUAAGAUGAGUGUGUGGAAAAAAGCACGCAACCAAUCAAAUGCAGAUGUUGCCCAAGUCACUGAGGAAUAUGACAAGAAAUUGCUAAUGGAACCUGAGGACCAGCGAGAACUUAGGGCUGUAAAAGAUCGAAUAUUCCAUGAAUUGCUUGGGGAAGAUGGUCAUGGUUAUUGUCGUACCUAUGGUUCUACCGUGCCUCGCAGUUUGGUGUAUCCACAGGAAUCAAUGCCUUCUCAUAACACCAAUGACCUCAUACAGAAAAUAACUGAAGAGGUUACAGAGAAAGUGAAAGAGGCUUUCACAAGGAAGAUGCAGGACCAAUUAGAUAUGCUUCAAGCUCGGAUUAACUUUUUAGAGAGCAAUGAUGGGCAAAACAGAAAUCCAUGUGGACAGGUUCAAGAUGCAACCAGUGGCCAUGAAGUUAGAAGGGAGUCCAUAGGAGAAGGAGUUCAUCCACAUUCAACUAGUAAUCAAGAAAUUGAGCAUGCUCCAGUACUCACCAAGCCCCUCUAGUUAAUGAUAACUAGUAUUGUGGUCAAGGAUGCUUUUGAACAAUAUUAAGUUUGGCAAUGUUUCCUUUAAGUUAUCUAGUAUGGUAGGAUCUUAUAAUUAUGAAAUGUGGUUGGUUUGGUUUGUACUUGGUAAUGAAGUAUAACUUGGCACUUAUCUUUUGAUUAUAUAAUUUCAGUU